ACACCUGUCCGAAUAUUGAUAAUACAGCAGAUUUCGAAAACUUGUUUUUAUAGAAUUUUUUUUCAGGGUGAACUAGAUAAGAAGAUUUAUGAUAAUUUCAUCAUGAUUACAAUGUCAAAUUGAUCAGCAUGUAUAAAGAUGAAACUUGACAUUCGAGUUUCAUCAGUGAUUUGGGUGUUUCGUGUCCACAAAUUAGAGUAUUAAUUAUAAUAAAAAUGGUGAAACAUAUAACUUUUGCUUUAAUUUUACUUAGCGCUUUAUACAUUGUUACUUCUUGGAAGAUAUUUCCUUUAGAAAAUGUAGAAGCUACAAAAGCCGUAGAAACAGUAAAAGGAGUUUCACCUUAUAAGACUUAUAAUGCAACAACAGCUCCUGCUAUUGGAAUCUCAAAAGCGACGCCUACAACAACACCAAAAUUAAAAACUCAUGUAGAACCAACUGAAUCGACUUCUAGAUUUUCAUUUAAACAAGUUUCAGGAUCAGUGUCAUUCGAUAACAAAAGGAAUUUAUCGUCAAAGGAUGUGAAAUCAACUUCUGUAUCAACAAUUAAUAGAUUAUCAGCAAACAAACCCUCAAGAGACCUCCUUCCACCAAAGGAGGAUACGAGUGAAACUUCUAGUAACAAAAUUUAGUAUUCACCACAAUAUUAGAUCAGAAUAUUAUUUGUAAUUAUUGUAUAAAUAAUUUUUAGAUAUUAACGUUACUAUCUAUUUAUAAGUAGUCUAUGUUUGGUAAUUACAUUGACGGAAUAAAAUUUCUAUCAAAUAACUUUUAAGAAUUUAAUAC